UUUUCUUGACAGAUGGAUAGUAGCAUUGUUUAAACAUCAUUCACACACAUCAGUUAAUACACACCACCAAUAAACACCAUACCAUCACAUCAUAACAAUGUGCGACUCACACUCUGACAAAUACCAAGUCGUCGACGACGUGCCAUACCAGCUAGGGCAAGUUCUUAUCCAUCAACUUCCAUCCCAUCUCUCACUCUUCCCUUCCUUGCCCAGUUCUGUUCAUUCCGUCACCUACCUAUCCAGGCAUGAUUUUAUAGGUACAAAUAGCCAACCCACUAACAUCACACGCAUAUAAUGUAGCCGUCCUAUGCCCGACGUCAACAUCGUCUUCAACAACAAGCUGCCCAAUUGCCCCGGAAAGUCAGCCGUCGGCCUCCUGGUUGACUUCCCGCCAAACUCAUCAACACCGCCUCACACCCAUGCCGGCGCCAGCGUCUCCGUCGUCGUCCUCAAGGGCACCGUGCUCAACAAGAUGAACGACGGACCGACAUAUGUGAUUCCCACGGGCGGCACUUUCUUCGAGGCUCCUGGAUGCCAUCACGUAACCAGCGACAACUUCAGCACCACGGAGCCGGCACAGAUCCUCGCAACAAUGGUUGUCGAUACGAAAAUUGUGGAAGAGGGCGGCGUGGCGGCGCUGGUGGUGAUUGACCCCGAGUAUGUCGAGGCCAUGAAGGCCCAGGGAUCCGGAAAAUAGAAAAUGAAUUGGCAGAGGAUCAA